AUGAAAUUAAAGAACUUUAAAUUGCAUAGCCAAUCAUCAAACGAAGAGGUAAUUCACAUGUGUAAAACUCAAUUAAAUGACGACGACCCAUCAUGUUCUCUCUUGUAUAAGAUACCUCCUGUUUUCAACAAUGACAUUGAUUUAAAUAUUCCAAACAACAAUCCAUUCUUUGAAGAUGACCAACCUAUACAAACUCCAAUAUUGGAAAUAUU